ACGGAUACGUUUGCGUGACAGCCAUUAUAAAAACGCUCUGCAUUAUUGUGCUGCUCAGAGUGUGGCUAGUACCGGCGAUCUCGUGGCUGCCGCCAGUAUUGCCGUCGCAGCUCCAGAAUUGCUGGAGUCUGCCGACGAAGAUGGCUUCACACCGCUGCACUUGGCUGUUAUUCAGGGCAACUUGGCAAUGGUCAAUUUGCUGCUAGCGAACAAAGCCGAUGUGAAUGCGGUGGAUAAAGAGGGGCAUUCGGUGGUGCAUUGGGCAACGGUCUGCGGUGAAGUGGCAGCCUUGAGAGCAGUCUUGGCGGCCGGGGCCAAUGUGGCAACACCGGAUAUUAAUGGUGGUUCGCCGCUGCAUUAUGCCGCCCAAAUGUGUGGUGCCACCUAUGAGGGCAAAUUGAGCCAAGCUAAUUCCCAUAAAUUGGCCUUGGAAAUUUUGGGUAUUCUCUUGGCUCAUCCCCAGUGCAGUGUCGAUGUGGAGGAUAAGGAUGGACGCCAGCCAUUGUUGUGGGCUGCCUCGGCGGGUUCGGCCAAGGCCAUAUUGGCGUUGGUCAAGGCGGGAGCAAGAGUAGAGAGUGCUGAUAAGGAUGGUCUGACGGCCUUGCAUUGUGCGGCUUCGCGCGGACACACCGAAUGCAUUGACACCUUGAUUAGUUUGUGUGGAGCUCCCACAGAUCUUAUAGAUUCUAAUGGCUGUACAGCGUUGCAUUAUGCUGUUACUUUGGGUCAUGCAGAUGCCACAUCAAGAUUAUUGGAUUUUGAUGCCGAUCCCAAUCGUCAGGAUCGUAAGGGACGCACCCCAGCUCAUUGUGGUUGUGCCAAGGGACAAUUUGAGACGGUGAAGUUGCUGAAGGAGAGAAAUGCAAAUUUGUGGUUGCGAAAUGCCAAGGGUGAUCUUCCAUUACAUGAAGCGGCAGCAUCGGGGCGACGGGAACUGGUCGAAUGGCUAUUGGAACAGAGACCAAAGCAGGUCAACACGACCAGUAAUGAUGGUCGAAGUUUGCUGCACAUAGCUGCUUAUAAUGAUUACACCGAUAUGUGUAAACUAUUGAUAGACUAUGGAGCUGAUAUAAAUGCGGUGUAUAGGAAUUCGAAGGGUGUGGUAAUUACCCCUCUGGAUUGUUCGCUACAGAAGGGUCAUAGGUCGACGGCGAAAUUUUUACAAUCCCAUGGUUGUUUGCCGGCUGGGAAGCUGAAACUUGCCGCCCGUCGUCCAAAUCCCUUCAAUCAGCCACCCAUGGAGACGGUGAAGCCUCUGCAGUAUGUCGAGAAAGAAGAGAUCCAUGAUCUGAGUAAUUCCAAGAAAUAUGUAGUCUAUUUGAAACGUUCCGAAUCAGAUGGUGGGGAGGAUGGCAAUUGUAGUUGUACGGAGCGUACCUAUCGGCGGGAGCAACGUUAUGCCCAUAUUUGUCGUCGACAUUGUAAGGUCAAGGGUCGGCAUUUACGAAGACGCACCAGCAGCUGUGGUGAUCCCAAAGAAUCCGAUCAUGAAUGUAGUGGUAUGUGCCGGUCAAAAAGUAAUAUUGAAAUAAGGCGAAGGAAAUCGCGAGAGCGCUAUCACAGCUCAAGUGAAUGGGAGGAGGAUGAUGAAGAUGAUAGUGACUCAUGUGAAAAUUGUUGCUAUCACAAGAGGCAAAAACAAAGGGUGUUGCAUAAGAAGCGAUCGAUAUCUUCGAAACGUUCCAAGGAAACCAUGGAUUCCGAUGGUAAGCAUGAUGGUGAGGGAUUGGAGGGUCAAGAGGGGAAGAAUAAACACAAAGUUGAAGAACAGGCCACAGCGGAAAAUGAAGGUAAACAUACGGAAGCUAUGAAAGUAUCGGAUGAGCCAGAGAUACAAAAAACAACCACAGCUCCAAGUGUGGUUGAGGCUCAACCUGAGCCUGUAGAAAAAAUAUUUAGUCGCUCUGGGUCCCCAACAAAGGCUUCUGCUCCAACUACUCCCUCAACUGCCGUCAAGGAGGGUACCUUCAUUAAAACUCCUUCUCCGGCACCAGAAGAUGCUGAUACCUCGGCUCUUAUCUCGGGUGCGGAAUUAACAGAUGAUGAUGAAAAUGCCUCAAAGAGUAUUGUUACCGAGGUACAAGUCCAUCAUACGCCCGAUGAUGAAGGGACUACAAAGGAAAUUCCAGAGGAAGCUCCUACCACCCCUCAAGUAACCGAAACUCCCAAAGAAGAUUCAAAGGAAAAGGUGUCUUCAGAAGAAAAGGAAGAAGUAGCCAAGCAGGUUGAGGAAAUUGUUGAUACUGCCACCACCAUAGCUACAACUGCCACAGCACCGCCACUUACCCCUGAAACCCAGAAGGAAACCGAAGAACUUCCAAAACAGCUUGAAGAAAAGGAAACGAAAUCUGCAGACAAUGCUGAAGCUCCUCAACCAGAAUCCCAGAAACAAAAAGAAGAAACCGCCACAAAAACUGCCACUGACGAACAAACUCAAGAAUCUCCACAGAAGCCACCAGAAACUUCCAAGGAGGACCCAACAAAAAAUCUAGAAACCGUUGCCGUACAAGAAGACUCAUCUUCCCCCACACCACUUCCACAAACUUCCGAAAGUCAUGAAAUUCACAACAUACCCUCAGAGGCCGAACAACCAAAGGACGAAGAAGAAGAAACAGAAAAGAAACCCUCUGAAGCCGCCAAGUCAAGUGAAACAACAGCAACAUCUUCCAAACCUCCUCAAACUACCUCAGAUGAUUUCCCACCACAAACAUCCAAUGCGGCCAAUGCAGCAGAAGAUACCUCCUCCAGACCAAUAACCAAUGAAGACCAAGACCCCUCGGAACGUCCACCACCCAUACGGGAACAAGAAUCCAGACGCUCAUUUACCUUACUACCAUCCGAUUCCGCUGAAGAGGAGGAGGAACCCAGUCCUGAAGUACAAACAGAUGCUCUGAGACGUAAAUCUAGCUUCCAGGUUUUAAAAAGUGAUGAUUCCGUCAUCGAGGUGGAUGAUUCCAAUUCCGCAAGGGAAGAAGUAGAAAUGAGCGAUUCGACAGUCUUCAAAGUUCUCACCAGUCCUCAGACCCAAAUGUUUGAUGUCGACUCCAAUCGUUCCGAAGAGGUAACCAUACAAGAUGAUGAAGAUGAAAAUGAAGAUGCCACACAGCAACAACAACAACGUUUCCGCAGUCAAGAUGAACCAAUCUCCCCAUAUGAUUAUGCUGCCACAGGACGUAAGAGACGUCUUAAGAAACGCGUCAAAAGUGGUGCAAAAACUCGCAGUAAUUGGCAGCGCACCGAUGCUGCAGAAGCUGCCGAAAUACAACAACAAAAUGCCAGAGAUCAGGACUCCGGAUUUGAACCAAGUCCACGAACGUUAAAAACUAAAAUACCCACACCACGUAAUAUCUACACGGCUCACAUACCACGGCGGCCAGUCUACACCACUUUGGAUGGUCGUUCUUGCAGUAGCCGUUUAGAAAAUCGUAAGGCAGGUGACAAGGGUGCCUGUGAUAUGACAGCUGUUACCAGAUCUAUCCAAAGGAAUAUACGAAGGUAA